CCACACAGCCUGCAAGUUCUCAUUUCCAUCUCUCCAGGUGCUACAGAGGGUCCCACCUGCCCCGCAGCCCCUGGCAGAAUCUCACCGCUCUCUGAGACACUCUUCUCCUCCCACCACGGAGCAGACGGAUGCUCUGGGAAGUCCCCUGGCCUUUUCUGGCUCCGACAUUCUUCGUUUCUGAAACACCAAUCUCCUACUUACUCCCUUGUAUUCUCUCCCAAACAUUUGCUGAGCACCUCCUGUGCUAGAAUAAACAGGCAAGGCUGUGAAGUCAUGAAGCUGACAUUUCUGUUGGUCCUGGCAACCGUAGGUGUACCCCAGAUGUGUCCCAGGUGUGCCCCAGGUAUGUGCUUCAGGUGAUUCUCAGUUGUGCCACAGGUGUGCACCAGCUAUACCCCAGGUGAGUCCUGGGUGUCCCUCAGGUGUGUGUCAGGUAUGCCCCAGGCCUCUUCAUCCUCCUUUCACUCCCAUGUGGGGCUUCAGCACUGAGCAUAGUUUGUGCGUCUCCUGCCCCCCUGUCCUAAUCUCACCUGAAUGCUUCUCUUGGCAUUCUGGAUUCGCACGCAAACCCCAGGUGAGGAGAAAGAACUGGUGCAGAGCUGACCUCUCAGCAGGUGUCGGGGUCACUCUAGGUCCUCAGAGCAGCCACAGGACAAGGAGCAUGGCUGCUCUCAGUGUCAGGUGGGCGCGAACGUCAGCCCUCACCUACGGAUUGGGCCGCAGAGCCAGUGGUCUCCUUGGCAGACACCCAGGAGGCUGUGCCCUGCGUUCUGUCUCUCUCUAAAUUCCUCUUACAGCAGGCUUUUGUCUCACUUCCUAUUUUUCUUCAAGAUAAAAAUGAAAUAUACUGGGGAAAGGAACCAGGCAUCUUUAUAAAUUAACGUUUCCCUUGGGGACCCCUCGCCCUUCAGUUCGGCCCCAUGUCCCUUCAAGGAAACAACCGGGUGGUCUGCCCGGCUGCCCAGGGGGCUGGACAGGGCAGCUCAGAAGGACUCUGAACCCCUGGGGCUUCAGCGAGGUGUUCCUGGGGGGUCCGGGGUUCGUCGAGACAGAGAGGGUUUCAGAGGAAGGAGGCCGGCAGGCAGGCCGUCUAAUCCUUCUGGGAGCGGCUUAGGGGAUUGUCUUUUUCUGGCGCCUGUUUGCCUCGCUGGGCUCCUGGUGCGUCCCUUCGUAACCCCGGGCUGGGAUUUAGCCUGAGCUGUGGCAGCUGGGCUCCUGGGGGCUCCCAGUGUGGCCCCCAGUCGUCCUCGUACCGGCCUGGACGCCUCCUGUCCCUAGAGCCGGGAACGGGCACAGGCCAAGGUCAGCGGGUCAGGCCUGCUCUAGACACAGGCAUCCAGAGCUAGCCCAUGGCCCCUGGGGCCUGAGCGGUGGGAAGGGGUGCUGGGAUGGAUUUCGGGUCCUUGGAGACGGUGGUGGCCAACUCUGCCUUCAUCGCCGCCCGGGGCAGCUUCGAUGGGAGCAGUGCCCCGUCCUCCCGGGACAAGAAGUACCGGGCCAAGCUCAAGCUGCCUCCGCUCUCCAAGUGCGAGGCCCUCCGGGACAGCCUGGACCUGCAGUUCCAGGAGGUGUGCUUGGAGCAGCCCAUCGGCAAGCGGCUUUUCCAGCAGUUCCUGAAGGUGGAUGAGAGGCACGUGCCGGCCUUGGAGCUCUGGAAGGACAUUGAGGAUUACGACAUGGCAGAUGAUGACCUCCGGCCACAGAAGGUCCGGGCCAUCCUGGCUGAGUACCUGGACCCCCAGGCCAAGCUUUUCUGCAGCUUCUUGGACGAGGGGACUGUGGCGAAGCUCCGGGAGGGGCCCGUGGCAAGUGAGGAUGGGCUCUUCCAGCCCCUCCUGCAGGACGCCCUGGCCUACCUGAGCCAGGCCCCGUUCCAAGAGUACCUGGGCAGCCUGCACUUCCAGAGGUUCUUGCAGUGGAAGUGGCUGGAGGCCCAGCCAAUGGGGGAGGACUGGUUCCUGGACUUCAGGGUGUUGGGGAAAGGUGGCUUCGGGGAGGUGUCGGCCUGCCAGAUGAAGGCGACUGGCAAGAUGUACGCAUGCAAAAAGCUGAACAAGAAGAGGCUGAAGAAAAGGAAAGGGUACCAGGGUGCUAUGGUAGAGAAGAAGAUCCUCACGAAAGUGCACAGCAGGUUUAUAGUCUCUCUGGCCUAUGCGUUUGAAACCAAAACUGACCUCUGUCUGGUGAUGACCAUCAUGAAUGGUGGCGACUUAAGGUACCACAUCUACAAUGUGGACGAGGAGAACCCUGGCUUCCAGGAGCCGCGCGCCAUCUUCUACACGGCCCAGAUCAUCAGCGGCCUGGAGCACCUGCACCAGAGGGGCAUCGUCUACCGGGACCUCAAGCCCGAGAACGUGCUCCUGGAUGAUGAAGGCAACGUCCGAAUCUCUGACCUCGGGCUGGCUGUGGAGCUGAAGGAAGGGCAGACCAAGACCAAGGGCUACGCAGGGACCCCAGGUUUCAUGGCCCCCGAGCUCCUGCGGGGUGAGGAGUACGGCUUCUCCGUGGAUUACUUUGCCCUGGGGGUCACGCUGUACGAGAUGAUCGCGGCCAGAGGACCCUUCCGAGCCCGGGGAGAGAAGGUGGAGAACAAGGAGCUCAAGCACAGGAUCCUCACGGAGGCGGUCAAGUACACAGACAAGUUCAGCCAGGCCAGCAAGGACUUCUGUGAGGCGCUGCUGGAGAAGGACCCGGAGAAGCGUCUGGGGUUCAGAGAUGGGACUUGUGAUGGGCUCCGCAUCAACCCCCUGUUUAAAGACAUUAACUGGAGACAGCUGGAGGCCGGGAUGCUGAUACCCCCCUUCAUCCCAGACUCCAGAACUGUCUAUGCAAAGAACAUCCAGGACGUGGGGGCCUUUUCCACAGUCAAGGGUGUGGUCUUUGACAAAGCGGACACGGAGUUCUUCCAGGAAUUUGCCACCGGCAACUGCUCCAUUCCCUGGCAGGAGGAGAUGAUUGAGACGGGCACCUUUGGGGAGCUGAACGUGUGGCGUGCCGACGGGCAGAUGCCCGCUGACAUGACGGGGAACACCGUGGAGGAGGCCGCCCCCUCCUCCAAGUCAGGGAUGUGUCUGCUCUCCUAGAUGGGGAGGAGGAAGGGGGACCUCCCGCAGCUGGCAGGGAUGGACAGGGCUUCGUGUGUCAGGGGAGCCCGCCGUGGUGACAGGCCGCUCCCCGGGCCAAGCUGCCGGUGCGGCCGAGCUGCUCACAGCAGGGUCAGAAGAAAGGAGGCCCAGAGCCAUCAGGCUUCCCAGCCCUGGGGGUCAGGAGCUCCGGCUUGUAAAUAGUCCACUUCUUUUGUCCCAUGUCACUCAAAGAAAGACACAGCAAUGGCUCCCAGACAGAGUACACCAAUAACGCCUGCCUGUCCAGGCGCUCUCUUGCGUGGACAUGCAAGUUGGAGGUGGUGUUGGGCAGCCGGGCUGACGGCUGCUCAGAUGAGAGGAUGCUCAGUUUGGGUUUCCUGGCACCUUAACUGUGACUUCCAAGUGCCCCAUCCAAGGUGGAAGCCUUCUCGUUGUUAGUCCAGGGGUUGGCGAACCACCGUCCUCAGUCUCCCAGGCACCGUGAGAGAGGACUCGCUGUGGACCUUGGCCUGGUCCCCCUUCGCACAUAGUUCCAGUUCCUCCUGCCACCCGGUCACUGCCCGGGCCCUGGGGACAUGGCAUCAGCUCCCCUGCACCC